AUGAAUCAAUCAGGUCUUCCUACUCCACCACCUACAUCCGCCACGUCAAGCACAAACCCUGCACAGUCAUCAUCGAACGCGCCUAGUCAAUCUGCCAGUCAUGUCUCGGUAGGCUCCAUUGUCACAACCAUAACUUCGACAUCAAGUCCUUCCCACUUAAACCAAUAUCUGAGGAGUUGCGCAUCCAAAGAUGUCAGAGAAGUCCUGUUGUCCAGCAUUUUGCCAGGUAGCCAAGAUCCUUUGACUCUGUUAAACGCGCGAGAUCACACAAUCGGCAUGCUUUACAUUCUGUCUGCGCGACUGCACACCGUCUCGUCUGAUAAGCCUCUGUGGCAUCAUAUCGAGGUUUUUUGCCGCGAUUUUGUCCCUGAACAUGCACGCUUUGCUCCGGAUCGAGUGACACUUCUUGCAACUGGAAUACGACAAUUUGCUGAAGUUGAAGGCAAUCUCAAACUUGCUAUCGUGCCAUUAUCCGAUUUGCUUGCAAAAUAUCCUCCGACCCUUUCACACCUCACCACCAUCCACCCUAUCUUCCUAACGACUUGCGUCGCCACUCGCCAUUUCACAGCCGCAAUCCCCGUCCUGAGUCAUUCAAUCAGUACAAUUGAUCUCUCACUUUCUGGCUUGACCUACCACGACAAUCUAAUAUACCACUACGCCGGCGGCAUCGCAUUUGCUGCGCUAAAGAACUGGCCAGCUGCUGAAGAACUCUUCGAGAUCUGCGUAUCAUGUCCAGGCUCAGCAGCGUCCGCUAUUCAAAUGGAAGCCCUGAAGAAGUUGGCCCUCGUACAGCUGAUAUACCGCGGAAAGACAUCACCUCCAUCCAAGUACAUGCACCCGAUUCUUAUGCGACUUUUCAAAGCAACGCCUUACUCAAGUUUCAUGAAUGCAUAUCCUCUACAACGCGACUACCUUCGCACGAUAGUUGAAAACGAGCAUCAACUAUUCGCCAAUGAAAGAACACUUGGUCUCAUCACCCAGGCACUCGACCGCGCCCCCCGUUGGGCCAUCAAGAAACUCACAACCACGUAUCUGACACUACAUUUAUCCGAUAUCGGACGAGAAGUGGGAAUUUCGGACGAGAAUGAAGUGAAAUCCUUAAUUUUGAGCAUGGUGGAACUUGUUUUCUUGGCGGGUUGUACGGAUUACUGA